UAUUCGGCUCAAUAUUAAACUUUACGAAGUAGGUACAAUAUUGAAGAACAACUAAUCGCCUACAGUUGAUUUGUAACUAACGAUCAGAAUGGCCCCACAUCGACUACCAUGUGCGCUGUUAGUGUUCGCAUUUUACAUCUUAACUUCGGGAACCAUCAUCAUAUCCAGAACCACUUCACCUGCUCUAACAGCUUCUCCAACGAUCCAACAGUUGAUUAGCAGAAGGUUCAGAGGGUUGGAAGAAGACAUCUCCAAGCCACCCAUCGUACCAGUGCUAGACAAUCCAACUUGUGGAAAACGAAACCCGGACGGAAUUGGCUUUCGAAUUGCCGGAGGAAAGGAUGAGUCCGAAUAUGGGGAAUUCCCAUGGAUGGUUGCAAUUCUGCAGCAAGAACAAGUCAGGGACCACGUUGAAAAUGUCUACGUGUGCGGUGGUUCUUUGAUUAAUCCCAGCGUAGUUCUAACAGCGGUCCAUUGCGUUCUAAACAAGUCACCAAAUCAACUGAAAGUUCGCGCAGGGGAAUGGGAUACUCAAACCAAGAACGAACUCUUUGCUCAUCAGGAUCGUCAAGUGAUCGAAAUCGUCAUCCAUCCGGACUACUUCAAAGCAGGACUAUACAACGAUAUCGCCUUGUUGGUGCUGGACACACCAAUCGAACUGAACGAUGGAAUUCAAACGAUUUGUCUGCCACCGCCGAACGCAAGGUUCGACUACCAGCGUUGUCACGUCUCCGGCUGGGGAAAAGAUUUAUUCGGCAAAGCAGGAGCCUAUCAGGCCAUACUUAAGAAGGUGGAAAUUCCCAUCGUUCCGCAUCAGCAGUGUCAAACGGCACUCAGGUCAACCCGAUUGGGUCCGAAAUUCAUGUUGCAUCCCAGCUUUCUGUGCGCCGGUGGGGUCGAGGGGCGAGAUGCAUGCAAAGGUGAUGGCGGAUCCCCGCUUGUGUGCCCAAUUGAAGGGUCAGCUCCGAGCUAUCAGCAAGUUGGCAUCGUAUCGUGGGGUAUUGGAUGCGGUGGAGAGAUUCCCGGUGUUUACGUUGAUGUAGCGCACUUUCGAACCUGGAUUGAUGGGCAGAUUGAAAGUCGGCGAUUCAACGCAAGCAGCUACAUGCUGUCGCGAUAGGAGGUGUCUAGUUGAAUCCUGGAUAGUUUUAUCUCCGUUUCCUUAACAGCAUUGAAUAUUAAUAUGCAAAAGCUUGUACAUAAAUAUUGAAAUACACAUAUUUUAUUUAACUCCCAUUAUAUAGCUCGAAUGUUAACAAUUUAAAUUUUCGCAAGACAGAUUUUGAACUACUGCGACGCAAGUUAUUCCGAUUCGACUGGAAUGCUUUGAAUUACUUGGACAUUAGCCUUUCUAACUGUUUCCUUAGUGACUGUGUAUUUGCCUCCGUAUUAAAGUACGCACCUUCAAGAAAAUCUUAAUGGACUAACGCUACUCUACGUAACCUCAAACGGGAACGCACUAGAGCUCUUCGUGCUUUGACUAAUCGACGUUGUGUCAUCACUAAACGAAAUUUUCAAUCGCCAGCAAUUGUUAUCGCCGCAACAAGCAUCUUUAAAAGCGGUAUGUGUGUCGCAGGAAAAUUGGUCGUUCGUCAAUACGAAAAGAAAAGAGGUCGGUCUACCGUCAAGAGUGGUUUACGAAGUGGUGAGUUGACAUCCGGGAAGGAGCACCUAACAUAGCUCAGGUCCUCACAAGUUCUAAUUCAAACGCUUGCACGGAUCUGCCGAUUACAAUUGACCGCCAGCUAAGGGUUGCGUACUUAGUUGGUAGUGUAGCCUAGCUACUGUUUGUAGGAUCAGCAUCGAAUUAUAUUUAUUAAAACAAAAAUGAACGCUGAAAUAAAUAUAUAAA